AUGGAUGUUGAUGGUGCUAGGGGAAUCUACUUCAAUGAAGAAAUAGUUGUGGACAUCCUCAGCAGGCUAUCUGUGCGGUCUCUUCUUCGAUUCAAAUGUGUUUCGAAGUUUUGGAUGGCAUUGAUCUCCGAGCCUUGCUUUACGCUGAAGCAUCUCAAGCUUUCCAAGAAUAACCAAAAUUCCCCAAAAAUUCUUUUUCUUAAGAACAUGUUUUCCUUGCAUUUUUCCUCUUUAACACCAGCUUCUUUGUCGUCGACUCAAUUUACUGAGAAUGUACAAAAACUUGAUUGGCUUUAUGGCGGUAAACCAUGGAGUUGCAAGAUAUAUUGUUGCUACGAUGGCUUGGUUCUUGUGGGGGUUCGUAGAUAUGAUAAUACUAACCAUCUCAUACUUUUUCUAUGGAACCCUUCCACAAGAGAAUCGGUAGUACUUCCUAGUACAGAAUUUUUACCGCAAGAAGAUUAUACUUGCGGAUUGGGAUAUGACUCAACUAGUGGUGACUAUAUGAUCCUUAAGAUCAGUUACCAAUCAUGCAGUGAAAUUCUUGCAUUGAAAAGUGGUAUGUGGAGAAUAAUUGGUAAGCCUACUGGCAUUUACUCCUCGUGGUUGUCUGAUAUGGACUCUUUGGCUUUUGUACAUGGAGCAUUUCAUUGGCUUGGUUUGUCGCGGAAUGAUUCUGUGACUUCAUAUGAUAUUACAAAUGAGGUAUUCAAAGAAAUACCAUUGCUAGAUGGAAUGUUUGUGGUUCCCGACAUGAAAUACGUCAAACAUGGCCUUUCUGUUUUGGGAGAAAUGAUUUGUAUUUGUUCUACUCAUCGUGAUCAGUGGAAGUACAUUUUCAACGUAUGGAUAAUGAAAGACUAUGGUGUGAAGGAAUCUUGGAAUCGAUUUUUCACUAUACAAAGUGCUGAUCUUUAUUCUUUGGUACCAGAAUACAGGUUUUCAGAUGGUGAAGUGUUACUCCGUUGCAAGCAUUUUGACCGUUGUGGUUAUCUUUUUAAUACAACCAAAGAAUCAUCUGGUUUUUGGCCUCAAUAUCGUUCAGAAUGUAUUCAGAAUGGAUUUGUUUAUACAGAAAGCUUGAUCUCUCCAAAAUUACUUACAUAG